AUGCGCCGUGACGCCGUCCACAUCUCGCUUCUCCGACAUCUCGUUUCCUCUGUGUUGCGCCAGGGAGUUUCCUAUACCGCCAUUCCACAUCUUCACCUUGGCGCCUCUCAUCAUGUCACCUUGGUGCCUCUCAUCCCGUCGCUCUGGCACUGUUCCUCCUCUUCACGUGUGCGCCAUCCCAUCUCCCCACCGAUCCGCAUCUGUACCUCCUCGCCUUUCCUCAAUUCCUUUUCCUCCCCUUUCGGCAUCCUACCGCCCCAUUCCACCUCCUCCCCAUUCCGCCCUCCCCCCGCCAUUCAUCUCAUCUCCCCCAGCCAUCCCACCUCCUCUCCAUUCCGCCCUCCCACCGCCAUUCAUCUCAGCUCCCCCAGCCAUCCCACCUCCUCCCCAUUCCGCCCUCCCACCGCCAUUCAUCUCAUCUCCCCCAGCCAUCCCACCUCCUCCCCAUUCCGCCCUCUCACCGCCAUUCAUCUCAUCUCCCCCAGCCAUCCCACCUCCUCCUCAUUCCGCCCUCCCACCGCCAUUCAUCUCAUCUCCCCCAGCCAUCCCACCAACUCCCCAUUCCGCCCUCCCACCGCCAUUCAUCUCAUCUCCCGCAGCCAUCCCACCUCCUCCCCAUUCCGCCCUCCCACCGCCAUUCAUCUCAUCUCCUCCAGCCAUCCCACCUCCUCCCCAUUCCUCCCUCCUACCGCCAUUCAUCUCAUCUCCCCUAGCCAUCCCACCUCCUCCCCAUUCCGCCCUCCUACCGCCAUUCAACUCAUCUCCCCCCAGACAAUCACCUCCUCACUAUUCUGCCCUCUCACCAUUCAUCCCAUUCCCCCCACACCAUCCCACCUCGUCCUCAUUCCGCCCUCCCACCAUUCCCCCAUCCCCCCACUCAUCCCAUCUUCCCCUAGGCCAUCCCACCUCCCUAUUCCGCCCUCCUCCCCCCACCCCAUUCAUCCCAUCUUCCCCCACCCAUUCCCACCUCCUCCGCAUUCUUGCAUUUCCCACUUUGCGACAACGCACCCCAUUCAUCACAUCUCCCCCAGUCCAUACCAGCGCGUCCAAUACUACCCUUCACACCCUCCUCGUCCCUCCCUGCCCUCAAACAUUCCUCAACACACCCUGCCCUUGCACCUGCCUCUUGGCCCGCCCCUCUCGUGA